AUGCUGCUGAGUGCAGCUGCACCAACAAAGUUAAGAUACAAGGAGCUUGUAAAGACAGUCAUUGAGUUGAAAAAAAUAGUGAAAGUUAAGGAUGUUGAACUUCUGAAUACGCCAGAAGACUCUGAGAGUAAAUGCCUCUCUUCCACUUUUAACUGCUUCCAGAAUGCAAGCUUACACUUAGAACCAGCAAACAGCCAAUCGUCUCGUAAUUUUGACGUCAUGAUUACGAGGUUGAGGAGACCGAUUAUUAUAGACACCAUUACUGAUGUGAAUUGUUCUCCAUGUGAAUCUUAUGCUAAAGAAGCCCCUAGACAAUUUUUGGAUAGCUUUCUAUCACUGCUACAGGAGAGAAUCAGAAACCUUCACAUUUAG